AUGCGUGACUCAAAGGAAUUUGAAAAAGACAAAACUCUCUUUCCUCCAUCUUUGAGAGAGGAUGUUUUGCCGGGCCUCGACAAGAAGGAAAAAUACGACAAAGACUAUGAAGACGAUGUCUUUGUCGAAGAGGAUGAUGUUGAUAAAGCCAUCAAUGCCGUGGUGCCUACUACAGAUGAUCCGAGUGCACCUACUUUCAGUUUUCGCGUAAUGGUACUUGGUACGCUUUGGUGUGUCCUCCUUGGUGGGGCCAAUUCUAUUCUCGCCUUCCGUACCAAUCCUUUUGGCGUCACAUCCACUGUCGCAACCUUGCUUUCCUUCCCGAUGGGAAAAUUCCUUGCCAGAGUACUCCCUGAUAAAUCCGUCACGGUCUACAAAUGGACCUUCUCGCUCAAUCCGGGUCCCUUCUCCCAAAAAGAGCACGUUCUGAUCAGUAUCAUCGCUGGCGCCGGCGCCGCUGGGGCUUACGGCCUUGACAAUGUUGUCACUCAAAAGGCAGAACUCUUCAUGGGCAACCAGUCCAUCAACAUUUGGGAAUCAUUUGCUUGGAUUCUUGCAUCCCAGUUUAUCGGGUUUGGCCUGGCAGGCAUCAUGCGCCGUUUCGUUGUCUGGCCCAAACAAAUGAUGUGGCCUUCUACGUUGUCGCUUAUCGCGCUUUUUGUCAGUUUCCACGGGUCCGAAAAGGAAAAGAGGCUGUCAAAGAGCAGCAGGUGGAGAAUGUCUCGGUUCACGUUUUUCCUCGUUGCCUUUGCGGGUGCCUUUGCAUACACAUGGCUACCCGAGUACCUUAUGGUCGUUCUGCAAACCGUCAGUGUCCUCUGUCUCAUCACCACCAACAAAAAGGCACGGUUUCUUGGAUCCAGCGAUAACGGCGGAGGUAUCGGUAUUGGUGCGCUCUCCUUUGACUGGACCUACAUUGGCGGAGGUUUCCUUACAGCCCCUUUCUGGGCCACUCUCAAUUAUAUUGGCUCCAACUGGUUGUGGACGUGGGUCUUAACUCCCAUCGUCUUUUAUUCAAAUGCUUUUGGCAUGGACCAGCAGCUGACGACAGGAGCGCGGGAUCAGGACAAUAUGACCUUGCCUGUAUUGAACUCUGUGUCGCUGUUCGAUAAUACCGGAAACAUUGUGAGCCCGCUCAAGUUGUACAAUAAGACAACGUUUGAUUUGGAUGAGACGGCAUAUCAGCAGUUGGGUCCUGUGCGGAUCACCUCCCUAUUUGCUCUCAAUUACGGCUCGUCUUUCAUGGCGGUUGCUGCCACCGUUUCGCACGUUGUCCUCUGGUACGGUCGCGACAUCUGGCGACAAAUCAAAGAGAUUAUGAACAGAUCGGGCCGCCAAGAGACCGAUAUUCACAACGAACUCAUGAAAGCUUACCCCGAAGUACCGGAAAUUGUUUACUUGGGUAUUCUCGUCGUUAUGACAAUUGCAAUGAUCCUGGUUGCCCAGUUCUCAGCAUUUGAAAUGCCAAUAUGGGCUGUUCUCCUUGCGAUUGGACUGGCGGGUAUCAUGAUUCUACCUAUUGGCGUAAUUCUGGCAAUUACGGGAACUCAAAUGUUCUUGAACGUUUUGACUGAGUUUGUGAUCGGGUUGAUGAUUCCAGGCAAGACUGUCGCUGUCAUGGCCUUCAAAUCCCUCGGCACCAACACAGCCAUCCAAGCCAUGUCUCUUCUUGGCGACCUCAAACUCGGUCACUACAUGAAAAUCGCUCCCCGUGCCAUGCUAGCCGCCCAGUUCUACGGCACAUUUGUUGGCGCCAUCGUUUCCACUAUCGCAACCUUCUUUGUCAUGUCCAGCAUGGAAAUUGGUAAAGGUGACUGGCAAGCCCUCUCCUACCGUACUUUCUACUCUGCAGGUGCCAUUUGGGGUGCCAUUGGUCCUCAACGUUUCUUUGGUAUCGGCGCCAUUUACGGUCCCCUCCUCUGGUGCUUCCUGAUCGGUCUUCUCCUUCCCAUCCUCCCGUGGCUUGGAAACAAGAUACACCCUUCUCGCCGGUGGAUGUAUAUCAACAUUCCCCUCAUUGCAUACUUUUCUGGUGCAGGCGGUCUACAGAACCACUAUAUCAUGCCGCUCAUCGCCGCAUUCAUCUUCCAAUAUUACCUGUUCCGACACGCAAACGAUUGGUGGAAAAAGUAUAACUAUGUAUUGGCCGUUGCGCUGGACUCUGGCGCGGCAGUAUGUAUUCUCGUCAUUACGGUUUUGACCAACAUGCAGCUCAAUGCUCCCGUUUGGGCCUGGAACCCUGACAUUCGUGGAGGUGUGCAAUUCGAUUACUACUGCACAGAUGGUUCUUUCACAGCACCACCCGCCGAAAAGUGA